CUUCCUCACGAUACUGUCUAUCGCUGAACAUUGCUCCCCGCACGGCAGCCCGACAUCAUCAUGGCCCAAUCGCUCCCAACUAUCCUCUUUCUCGCCGGCGCCUUCGCAGACCCAUCCUGUUUCGACGCGCUCGCUGCUGAGUUCAACAAAGCUGGCUAUUCAACCGUCUACGCUAACGUCCUUACCGUAAACCCGCCGGAUCCCGCCGCAGUCUCGGCAUCGAAAGAUGCGGCCCACGUUCGCGAAACAGUCCUGCUACCUCUUUUAAACGAUGGAAAAGAGGUCAUCGUGUUCGUCCACUCUUAUGGCGGGGUCGUUGGAGGAGCCGCAGCUGCCGGCUUAAGCAAAGCUGCGUGGGAGGCGGAGGGUAAGAAGGGAGGUGUCAUCGGACUGCUAUACUUGGUUGGUGUUAUGACCUGUGAGGGAGAAGGCCUACUGCAAGCUGUAGGAGGAGCAUAUCCACCUUUCAUCAAGCAAGACUAUCCAUCCAAGGGCCUCGCAGUCAUCGAUCCAGUCAUGGAAACCUUAUAUGGCGACGUCGAUGCCGCCAUGAAGCCAGAGAUGGAGGCUGCCAUGAAACCGCAUGCGCUGGCAGCGUUCGAGACACCGGCGACGGCGCCUGCCUGGGCUGAAUCUGCAUUCGAUGGACGCAGGGCGUUUAUACGAACGAUCGAUGACCAGUGCAAUCCGCUGUUCCUUCAAGACACGUGGCUCAAGAAGGCUGGGGUGACUUGGGAGACGGUGGAUAUGAAGAGCUCGCAUUGCCCGUUCAUUAGCCGACCGGAGGAAGUUGCUAAGAUCUGUGUGGGUUUCUUUGAAAGGUGG